UUAUAUGGAUCCAGAAGUUUCUCCUCUGCAGCAAAAGAGAUGACAGUGCGAGAUGCUCUAAAUUCUGGACUCGAUGAGGAAAUGUCCAAAGAUCCUAAAGUGUUUAUAAUGGGUGAAGAGGUUGGUGAAUAUCAAGGGGCAUACAAGAUUACGAAAGGGCUCUUGGAAAAGUAUGGUCCUGAUAGAGUUCGUGAUACACCUAUCACAGAGGCUGGCUUCGCUGGUAUUGGAGUUGGUGCUGCUUACUAUGGUUUGAGGCCUGUUGUCGAAUUUAUGACCUUUAACUUCUCCAUGCAGGCAAUUGACCAUAUUAUUAAUUCUGCCGCAAAGUCAAAUCAUAUGUCUUCUGGCCAGAUAUCUGUACCUAUCGUUUUCAGGGGGCCUAACGGUGCUGCUGCUGGAGUUGGUGCUCAGCAUUCCCAGUGCUAUGCAUCAUGGUAUGCCUCAUGUCCUGGUUUAAAGGUGCUUAGUCCGUAUUCAUCAGAAGAUGCUCGGGGCCUGCUAAAAGCUGCUAUUAGGGACCCUGAUCCUGUUGUCUUCCUUGAAAAUGAAUUGCUAUAUGGUGAGUCAUUUCCUGUCUCACCUGAAGUUCUUGAUUCCAGUUUCUGCCUCCCUAUAGGGAAAGCUCAGAUAGAGCGAGAAGGGAAGGAUGUAACAAUUACUGCUUUUUCAAAGAUGGUUGGUCAUGCUUUGAAGGCAGCUGAGAUGCUUGCAAAGGAAGGAAUAAGUGCUGAGGUUAUAAAUCUGCGGUCAAUUCGUCCUCUUGAUAGAGCCACAAUCAAUGCUUCUGUUAGGAAAACUAACAGACUGGUAACAGUUGAGGAGGGAUUUCCUCAACAUGGUGUUGGCGCUGAUAUUUGUACAUCUGUUGUCGAGGAGAGUUUUCAGUAUCUUGAUGCACCAGUUGAGAGGAUUGCUGGAGCUGAUGUUCCCAUGCCUUAUGCUGCAAAUCUUGAGAGAAUGGCUGUUCCUCAGGUUGAGGAUAUUGUGGGUGCGGCAAAAAGAACCUGUUACAGAUCCGUACGAGCGUGACUUUUGUUUCUCCAAAACAUUUCGAUGCUGAGGAGCUCAAACACACCCGCUAAUUGGUUGCUGGUUUACCCUCGAUUAACAUUUUCAAUUAAACAAGGUUUGUAGCUCAUUUUUUUUCAUCACAC